AUGAAGAAAUUAAAAAUUGCUGAUCAUGUGAUAUUUUAUUCUAAAUCAAAAUCCAUAAAUUGCUCGAAUUGCUAACUAGAAAGAGUUAAAAAUUCUUUAGUUAUUUAAUCAGGUUUAAAAAUUAGCAAAUAGGGAAAAUACCUUGAAAUAUUUGGAGAAAUAGAUUAAUUAUAUGAUCAUUUAAAGAAAUAUUGUGUGUAAAUCAAUUUUUUACAGAUUUACAAAUUGUGUUCUGUCAAUGUUGAAAAAGAAAAAAAGAAGAUUUAUAAGAUCCGCCAACGAGUAACCAAUGACGAAAAAAUAGCAAAGGUUUACGAACUAGAUGGAGGAGAUAUUUAAUAGAUAAAUAAAGAAAUAUAGAUUUUACGAUUAUUGAAGCAUAAAAAUAUUGUACAAAUGGAAGAAGUAUACUAAGAAGAUAAUCGGCUUAUUUUAGUUUUUGAUAAUCUUGAAGGAGGUGACUUAGCUAAAAUAAUGCUCCUUAAACAAUUUUGUGAGGACACUAUUAGAAUAAUAAUUAAACAAAUUUUACAAGGCAUAGUCUACUUACAUGAUUUGGGCAUAUUUCACAGAGAUCUAAAACCAGAAAACAUUUUGUUUAAAAAUUAAGAGCAAAUCGAAUAAUUAUAAAUAAUUGAUUUUGCUCUUGCUGACUUUUAUUGUGGUGAAAACAAGUAUAUUUUUACCCGAUGUGGAACUCCAGGGUAUGUAGCCCCAGAAAUUCUUUAAGAUAAAAGAUACACUUUGAAUGUAGAUGUUUUUAGCGUUGGAGUUAUCUUAUUUAUGCUGCUAACUCAGAAGAAUCCAUUUAUUAAGGAAUAAUUUAACUAUGAAUAAAUAAUUACUGCCAAUUAUGAUUGUUAAAUUGAUUAUUCUGAGGUCAAAUGUUCGACGGAGUGCCUUGAUCUAUUAAAGAAAUGUCUUAAAGUAGAUUAACAUAAAAGAAUUUCUGCAAGGGAUGCAUUAAGUCACCCUUUUAUCUUAGGAACUUUCUCAACAGAGUAGAUAUAGUUUAGGAUUAAAACUUAAAGUUAACUCUAAAAACAAAAAUCGAAUGGAUCUCUUCGAAAAAUUAUUCAUAUUGGAAGUCUAGAUAGUCCAAGGUUUUCUUAAAAAUAGAGUAUUAAAUCACUUCACACUGAAAGCCCUAUCGACACUACAUCAGAUAGUCCAGGAACGCCAAAAUCGGCAAGAACUGAAAAUAGAUUUUCUAAUUUUAAAUUCUCAAAAUAACAAUAAUGGAAUUCAUUUCGUGUGUCAAAAUUUAAAAAAUGA